AAAGAUUGAUACCUAGGUGGGAUUUUUUAAAACAAUAUCAGGUGAGUUUGAAUAUCGCUUAUAAAUAUUUCAUAUUUUGUUACUUAGCUUUGAUCCAAACAUUUGAGCACACAGUACUACGUGCAAUUAAACAUCAAGCAAAAUCGACUAAAUAAAUUUUUUAAAUGGAAUAUAUAUAUUUAUAUCUCAAUUGUGUGCAUCCCGUGCCGGGCCUUUGUUGAGACUAAAAAAAUCCCCAAUGAAUGCAGUAGUAAAGAAUAUGUUUAACUUUACGCAUGUAGAAAUGGUAAUAGCAGAACGAGGUGUGCGGAAGCUAGAAUUUAAGGACAGGACAAUAAAAUCAGAACGUACGUUAUAGUCCAGCUUCCACAUACCUCAUCUUGCUAUUCAUUUACUUAGCUUGAAUGCAGUCCUUUACUUAUUAUAUUUUAGAAAUUGUAACCCACUUAAUAUUCGCACCGGGGACAUCAAAAUGAUUAUGUUAUUUCAUUAUGCGUGGUCACGAUUGGCUAUUUGGUUGCUAUUUCUUCUUUAGAAGUAAAGACAUUAAAAAAUAAAUAAAAAUAAAAAUAACGGAAAAAAACAACAAAAACUUAAGUUGAAAAUAAAAGGAAAGCUACUUAAUCAGUAACUUAGUAGGACAAACAUAUAUAGAUAUAAGAACUAUGUCCGGUGGUGGACCCUUUUUACUGGUCACAUUUAACAAAUCAGGCCAUAUGAGCCAUAUGAGCCAUAGGAUAUACCUUUUGGGUAAAAUAUAUCCAAGAGGCAUAGUAUGGCGAGAGGAGGGAGGGGUGGAGUACACCGGGCGCGAUCAACUGUAACUACCGGUACUCGGUAAAUGUAACACACUAAAAUCCCAUUUUAUUUGGUAAGAGAGACAUAUUAAAAAAAAUAAGAAUGUGAAAAAAAAAAGAUUGAAAAAACAAGUUACACUCCGGCUAGGUUCUAACAAAAGAACCCCACUGAGAGCGGAUCAUGUCAUUGGAUUUCGGCUUAUUUGUCAACACGGUGUGUGAUGGAUCACAAUAGAACAGGAAGCUAAAUGCAAAGUAAAAGGUUGCUGAAAAAGGGGGGGGGUGGUGCCUUGUGAAUUUUUUCUUCUAUUCUCUGGGUUUUAAAAAUAAAUAAAUUAGCAUACGAACGGGAAGCCAUUCGGGUAAAGCGUAAGGAAAUAGAUUUAAAAAUUUUUUUUUUAAUGAGUUUUUUCAGCAUUCGCUGAUACGUAUCAUGAUUCCCUUUACCCUUCCCACCCCAAACUCGCUAACCCCAAAACAUACAUAAAUUUAUGGGUUACCGGAAAUUUGAUCGAAAGAAAUUUCGUCGACAGUAAAUUGAUCGACAGAAAUUUGAUCGAACGGAAAUUUGGUCGAAUCUUUUUUUCAGUUCACACGUCAAAAUUCUUUUUUAAACGCACAAUACUAUACAGUAAAACACAAUAAUGUGUUCAAAAAGAAAUUAAAAGCAUAAUUUUUAAGUAAAAACUGAAAACAGAUAUUCGACCGAAUUUCCGUUCGAUCAAAAUACCGUCGAUCAAUUUACCGUCAACGAAAGUUCUUUCGAUCAAAUUUCCGGAUACGAAAUUUAAGAACUAACGCUGUAGUUAAAGUUACUUUCCAAUGAACGUAAAUAAAAUUCCAAACAAUUUCCUUUCAAUUUAAUCACUAAAAUUGACUAUUUUUACCCCCAUACACUCCCCCUUUACUCCCCCUUUUUCCAAUCUACUUACAUUAAAGCAAAGUAAAAUUUAAAAAAAAACAUGAUAGGGUAAAGCAAAAAAAAUUUAGUGGAAACUCUCUAGAAUAAUUUCAAUGAGAAUGAAAAAGGAAUCAUUUUCUAGACACAUCCGCUCUGUUUUUAAACGCACUCUUCUUAUAUGAAUGCUAGGUCAACCCUAGUGUUCAAGAAUCACUUCAGCGAACAUUCCAGGAAUAUUUUCAAGGUUCGUUGUUUCAAGGUGUCACCGUAGGCUACAGAUGAGACUAAGUGCUGUACCAUAAUGUAAGCUCAGAAGAGUUCAGAGGAAACUAUGAGACUAAGUUCUGUACCACAAUGUAAGCAAAGUAGAGCUCCAAGGGAACCAUGAGACUGAGAGCUCUGUACCACAUUGUUUCACCCCAGUAGAGUUCGGAGGAAACCAGUUUAGAGAUGCUAUCCACGCGCACACCGUUUUCAGUGAUGGCACAUUGGCAACAUGAUCUUUUGACCUGCUGUUGAAACCAUCAUAGUUCUAUAUGAACAAUCGAUUCUCAUAUAGUGGCUCUCUGAUAAGAGAAAUAUAUUAAUUUCAGCAAUUCUCAUUCGUGUUCCGGCUAUGCGAUUCCGAUGAUUUCUUAAACAAAUACAUGGCUAACGUGUGGGCAAAAACAUAGCCACAAAUAUUUUUGUUGAGAGGUUUUUCAAAUUUAUUUUUUUUAAUAAAGAAAGGGAUUAAAAGUCCUUAGAGUUAUGAAAUAAAUUUUAUUAUGAUAUGUAAUACAUUAUAUAAUGAUAUGAAAUACAUUUUAUAAUGAUAUGAAAUACAUUUUAUAAUGAUAUGAAAUACAUUUUAUAAUGAUAUGAAAUACAUUUUAUAACGAUAUGGAAUACAUUUUAUAAUGAUAUGAAAUACAUUUUAUAAUGAUAUGAAAUACAUUUUAUAAUGUUAUGAAAUACAUUUUAUAAUGAUAUGUAAUAUAUUAAGAACACGCUGCCUAAUUAAUAAAUAAUUGUUCAUUUCCAGGGAAAUGGACUCCAUCUGGAUUCUAUACGUCAUGCUGGUUUCGUGUUCACAUGCAAAUGUGACAGUCUGGGGUAUCGAGGGUAAUUUAUCAAUGACAAAUCAAAAAACUGGCGCAGAGCCACACACGAAUGUAAGCCUCGAUCACAAAGACACAAGACGAGAUCUUGGAGCAAUUAUAACACAGAGAAUACUCGAGCACGGCAGGAAGUCGACGAAUUCACCAAAACUGACCGCGAGAGACUCACUGCACUUACGUAGUGGUGAGGACAGAAGUCAUGUACCAAGUAACAGUGAAAUGGUUCAAUAUCCCCGAAAUCUAGAUUCACAUCUGAAUGAGAAAUCUGAAACUGCAGAACCUGGCAGUACAUCUUUAUUAGAUGAACAUUCCGCGUUGUUUCCUUUGACAGAAGGUGCUUCAGAAGAACUGCGGAAUUUUCAGAAUGAUGGUGAUUUUGGGAAAGAUUUUGGUAACCAUGGUGACCAUUUUAAAUGCGACCCAUGCAAUUGUUCUACAACAGCUCACCAGACACUACACGUGAAAGCCACGUGCCAAAGUAAUCACAUGAGUGAUAUUCCGAGAAAUAUCUCCAAUCAUUUAUGGUCACUGGAGGUGUUUAAGACGCCAUUGCACCGUUUGAACAUUUCACGACUUCUAGAGUAUGCAACUUUGAACGAAGUGAACAUAACUCUCAAUAAAAGACUUUCAACAGUAGAAUUACAAGGCGAUGUAACAAACAGAACAUCUCAAGUCUCAAAACUAUUGUUGACUUCAAAUAAUAUUACAUAUAUUGAAGAUCACAGUUUUUCGGUCUUUCCGUUGCUUCGAAUAUUGAGCUUAAAUAAUAAUAAUUUACAAAACAUAACAAAUGCUACCUUCCAGAUGCUCGUAAAACUGACCAUUUUAGAUUUAUCUCACAACGUAAUACAUUUUAUUGAGUCAGGUGCGUUCAGGCAGUUGGAAAGCUUACGAACUCUCGAUCUGAGUUUCAACAUGGUGAUGAAUUAUACAGUCAAAUAUUUUCCAACUAACCUAUUCGCCUCACUUACAAAACUUGAAGAACUUUCAAUUCAGGGCCACUCAAAACAACUUGAUUUACAUUAUCCUGAAGCCGCUCUAUCGAAAUUAGUAAACCUCCAAUCCUUAAAAGUGGAUGGCCUCAACACUUCUUUUGGUAGUGGAAUAAACUCUUUGAAGCACUUGAGUCAUGUCAUGAUUUCUUCCUCUGGCCUAUCAAGGCACUGCCACUUGAAGACCAUAAAUUCAACAUUUUUUAUGAACCUGCCUCACUUAAAGUCACUGGAAAUCGCCUCCUGUCCUUUAUCAAUUGUUGAUCCGAUGGCUUACAAAAAAGUGAAUCUUACAAGUUUAUCCCUCAGUUACCUAUCGAAAUACGAUCUCUUCAAAGCCUUUGAUGACCUCAUAGGCUUUCAAAACUCUUCUUUGAAAAAUCUUACCUUUAUACAUCUGUACCAUAGAGCAUUUCCCUGCCGCUUCUUAAACGAAGCUAACGCCAAAUAUUUGCAAAACAUCGCCCUUGAAGUCCUCGAUCUGUCCGACAACCGGCUGGCGUUGUUGGGAAAUGAUUUUGCGCACAGACUUCCCCUGACGUUGCGCAGGCUUAUUUUGAGGAAUAAUCGUUUUGCUUUGAGUGGCUUAAUUGUCGAUCAGGUCUGUCAUCUAACGCGACUCGUUGAAAUCGAUAUCAGCAUCCAGAACCAGUAUCACGAAGAAGAAUUUCACGAAUCAUCACCCGCUGCCAAAGAAACGAUUUGUCUUGGAGGAAAUAAUAUAGACGUCGAGGAUCCCACUAUUACCAAAACUGAAGGUUAUGCUGAGCACAAAAAUCAAGACGAUGAUGAUUCCAGUAUUACCAAAACUGUGGGUUAUUCUGAACCCAAAUGUCAAACAAUGGACGAGUUCAAAGGUGGCCAAAAUUCAAGUGAAGCUUUCGCUAAUCAUCGCUCCCGGAACGGUUCGGUAGACAUUGAGCAUAUUCAGAAAACUGAGUUCACCUUUGACGAGGAAUCUGAAAUGAUACAUAGAAGCAUUCAAUCCAAGACUAUAAAUUUCCCCCAUAACCUUAGAUUUUUGAAAGCUUCUAAGUAUUAUAGAUACGGCACAGUUCUACUGCAUCAUCCAUGGAGCCAAAAUAAACUGUCUGAACUAGAUUUCUCAAAAGCUUUACUUUCGAAUUGGGGCGAUGGAUUUAUACACAAACAAAUUACUAAAAUUGACCUGAGUAAAAAUUACUGCAAACACAUUGGUCAAAAGUUCUUUCAAACUAACAAUUCCUUGAUUUACUUGGACAUGCAUAACAACGCACUCGGGGCUGAUUUCGCGGAAGAUAUCGAUGGCGCUAUUCUUGCAGAAUUGUCUAAAUUGAAAUAUUUGGAUAUUUCAUAUAACCUGAUUUACAAGCUUCCACCAAAAGUCUUUAUGGGAUUAACAGCUCUGGAAACACUUAAAAUUACUGAAAACAAACUCCAAAUUUUAAAUACGACAUUUUCUCACAUGACCAAAUUGCGGUACCUGGACUUGAGUAGAAACUCUAUCGUCUGGAUCAGUGAAAGUGUUCGAAACGACCUUGACCAGAUAGGAGAACAGCUUUUGGUUGACCUAACACUAAACCCUUUACCCUGCACGUGCGCGGCCAUUGAAAUCUUAAACUGGAUGGCGAACACAAAAGUUGAGUUGCAGAAGAAAGAUUUCCUGCAAUGUCGUUUCGAAAAUGGUGAAAUCGAAUUCAUAGACGAUUUGGAACAAAGAGUCAGCAGUUUAAAAAGAAUGUGUGCUUCUAAAGCUCUCGUUAUAGUUAUCUGUGUAGCUUCAAUUGCCAUCAUUGGAAUUUUCGUCGGUUGUGGAUUGAUCUACAAAAACCGUUGGAAAUUACGAUAUCUUUUAAACAAAGUAACGUCUCGACUGUUUGGUUUUAAACCUAAGGGUGAAAAUGAAUCCAGAUUUAAAUUCGAUGCUUACUUCAUCUACACAGACAAGACGCGUAGUUUUGUGUUACAGGACUGCAUUCAAGAACUCGAGGAGAAACGUGGCCACAAGCUGUGUGUUGAGGAUAGAGAUUUUAUGCCCGGAUCACCAAUCAUUCCAGAUAUCCUCAGUGGCGUGCGAAACAGUCACAAGACAAUUCCGGUGAUCACCCCAGACUUUUACAACGAUGGAGACUUUACGGAAUACAGCGUGAAGAUGGCGUUGAUGGAAGAGAACUACGAACGUAGACAGGUUCUCCAUCUGUGUAUCCUUGAGCCGACGGAUCAUGAAGACAUGGACAACGAUCUACUGGCGGCAAUGAAGCGUAACUCUUACACAGAGUAUCCUCCCUUAGAUCAGGCCAAUGAGGAACUGAUACAAAGUUUUUGGGACAGAUUGUCUGCAAAGAUUGGUCACACCACACUUCGUGAUGGCUGGGGUAAAGUUAUUGAGCAGACACCAGUUCCGUAAGCUUCAUGUAAACAGUUUCACGGGAUUAUUUGAACUUUUCCAUUGCCUAAUUUUUAAUUUAAUUUUUUUUUUAUAUUAAACUCGAUGUUCUAUGUUCGAAUUUGGUUGACCUAGAAUUUAGUUGUGCGAAGUUUGUAUGAUUGUUGUUAUACCUGGACCAUUUUACCUCCGAU